GCCCAAUCCUGAAAAACCUGCUCACAGUGGGAGUACAUUUGUGUAAUUGGAGAUCAGAAACUUCAGUUCAGGGCCACAUUACCUUGAGCCCAGAGCUCUGUCUAACUGCAAAAGCCCCAAGAGCCCAUCACAUUCCUAUCCAUCCAUCAACAAUUUAAAGCGAACCCAAAGCUAAUUCUUAAGGAAACUCAAAGGUUACUCCUCCCCUUAGAACCAUUUUUUUUUAAAAAAAAAGAGAAAAGGAAAAAGAAAAAGGUCACUCUUCCUUUUACCUCACUAAAACCUCCAUUAGCAACCCUCAUUGCAGCAUGAUUCCCCUGUUCGCAGUUGGAUCCGAGUCGAGGGCAUUUCAGUACUUCAAACUCAGUGAGAGAAGGUUACAGGAGAGUAGUGACUGGAGAUUGACACAGUGCAGAGUCCACCGCGAAGGUCUUAUCACCUCUCUCUCUCUCUCUCUCUCUUUCGCGUUUUAAAACCCCAUCACGAGCCGGGGAAUUUGCAUCAUCAUCAUAACGCCAACCAGCGGCGAGAGCGGCUCCUGAUGGACGACCACAGAGAAAGCUGGCGGCCGGAGCCCUCCGCCCUCCGGCCGCCGGAGGCCCCCCGAGACCCGAUGGAGUUCCUCUCCCGCUCCUGGAGCGCCUCCGCCUUAGAAGUCUCCAAGGCCCUCGGCCCCCCUCUCCCCUCGCCGCCUGGGGCGAUCCUGGAGGACGCCGCCGGCGAGCUGGAGGAGGCCUCCGUCGGUGGGAACCCCUUCUCCUUCGCUCCCUCCGCCACCUCGCAGCUCGUCAUGGAGAGGAUAAUGUCGCAGUCGCAGGAAGUGUCACCACUCGCAUCAGGGCGUUUAUCCCACAGCAGCGGGCCUCUGAAUGGCGGCCAGAGCGGCGGAUCCCUCUCCGAUAGUCCUCCCGUCUCCCCUUCGGACAUCGACGACGUUAAGUUGUGCCGAGCUGGCAACACGCCGAAGCUCCAAGCGUAUAGAGGGAGCAGCAAGACGGUGGGGAGGUGGCUCAAGGACAGGAGGGAGAAGAAGAAAGAGGAGACUCGGGCCCACAAUGCCCAGCUCCAUGCUGCCGUCUCGGUGGCCGCCGUCGCUGCGGCGGUUGCGGCGAUCGCAGCCGCCACCGCCGCCACCUCGGGGUCGGGCAAGGACGACCGUGCCACCAGGACCGACAUGGCGGUGGCGUCUGCUGCAACCCUUGUGGCCGCGCACUGUGUUGAGGCUGCCGAGUCCAUGGGGGCCGAGCGCGAGCACCUGGCGUCGGUCGUCGGUUCUGCUGUUAACGUCCGGAACCCUGGGGAUAUCAUCACUCUCACUGCUGCUGCGGCCACUGCACUGCGAGGGGCGGCGACAUUGAAGGCCAGGGCGCUUAAAGAGGUAUGGAACAUAGCGGCCGUCAUCCCGGUGGAGAAGGGAGGGAUGGGAGGCCACCACGACCAUCGCCACCACAAGCAACACAAGGAAUUGGAUAGCAAUGGAAGCAGUUUCAGUGAUGAGCUUGUACAGGACGAGGAGAACUUCCUUGGCCUCUGCAGCCAGGAGCUUCUCGCCCGGGGGACCGAGCUUCUCAAACGCACCCGGAAAGGCGCGCUUCAUUGGAAGGUCGUCUCGGUGUACAUCAAUCGCAUGGGCCUGGUAAUGCUUAAGAUGAAGAGCAGGCAUGUUGCUGGAACCAUCACCAAGAAGAAAAAGAGCGUGGUUAUGGAGGUUCGCAGGGAUAUCCAAGCAUGGCCGGGCCGACACUUGCUGGAAGGCGGAGAGCAACGGCGCUACUUUGGACUGAGGACGGCGGAGCGCCGGGUCAUCGAGUUCGAAUGCAGGAGCCAGAGGGAGUAUGAGAUGUGGACGCAGGGAGUAUCCCGCCUCCUCAACAUUGCCAGCGAGAGGAAGCACCUCGCCUGACCGGGGAGAGCUGCCUGCAGACCAUCAAAGUGAUCAGCCAUUUGCUUAGCUAAUGGCCCAAACUGAAAACUAAUGGCUUGGCGAGGAAUUUUUGUAAUCAAAGAAAUGUGUGAAGUGGGCUCCAUCUGCCAUUGUAGAAAAAGAAAAGGAGAAGUGAAUCAAAUCAACCACUGGGGGUUCUUUUGUGGAUU